AUGGCAACGCGCCCCCCCCCAGUACAGGACCCUGGGAUCACUAACGAAGCUACCACGCCAUCAAUUACAAAGGCAUCCCCAUUCGCGUCAAGCCCCGUUGCGAUAGUGAACCAGGCUCGUCCAGGAUUUGGCGCCAUCGGGCAGUUUCCAGGCCAUGCAGUGCGUGCCGCUUCGACUCAGCUAUCCACCCCUCUGGUUCCGCAACGCCAAAUACUGACAUCUAUCGCCAGUAUUUCAUCUGAUCCUUCAACGUCUUUUUCUGAUGGAAGACGUAGUCACCCUCCAGAGGAAGCAAAUGAAGUCUUUAGACAGCCCGUGCUGGAAGAUGGAUUAAUGGUUGGCGACGUCAGGCAAGCCUCGGUUCCAUCUUUGCAGCGACAUCGAAACAGCGUCGGACCAUUUGGUAGGCUCUCUGCCCCAUCGCAAAUGCAGCCAGCUUCCAGCGAAGUUCUGGAGGAGGAGAAAACCCUAUUUAGCCCGACAUUUCCAUUGCAACAACCGAACCAACAAGAAAAUUAUGAAAGCUUGAUUUACCCGGAUGGAUUUUCUGCGCCGUCACCCCCAAUGCUAUCGCGGCAUUCUUCCUUCACAGCCCCACAGAGCCCGAUGCAUUCGAAAUUUAGCAAGUCCCUUCUCCCUUCUGUCCAAAAUCGAGCAACUCUUCAGUUUGCGACAUAUCAACAGCAAUCAUCUGCUCAAUCAUCUGGACAAGCACCGCUUCCAAUCGACCCAGGUUUGGACUAUACAGACAACAUUCGCUCGCAAUCUGUUCGGGUUUCUUCUUCAUCACAACCUACACCAGGAUCUGUGCAUAUUGAAACGCAAAAGAUUCCUCGACCGUCCCGGUAUGUGGCGUUGGACCUCCCUACGACCACUCAUCAAAUCACGCCUAAGGCUCUCACAGCCAACGAGCUUAUUGAUCAAUUCAUGAAAAUGCAAGUUGAUGAGCGCUUCGUAGGAAAUGGAAUUGCAGCCCCUGUCGCGAAAAAAAUGUAUCUUGAAGACAUUCCUGACACUAUUGAAGGACUAGAAGCGAUGUAUACGCAAAAGCGUUGGAAAUCACUGACAAAGAAGGCCCUUUUAAUGCUGCAAAAGCCGCCUAAAAAUUUGUAUGCGACGCUGGAAAUUAAGUCGUGGUGGCUUGCUGGGCUUAUCAAAGAGGGUCACUACGACAAUGCUGCUAGUGUGCUAGAUCAAGUUGGUAAUAUCGACCAGAUAUCUAUUUUAGAUGGUUGCAACCAGUUUGUUCGUAUCCGUUUAUACCUUCUCCAAGCGCUACUAAGUAAGUGCCAAGGAAAACUUGCGAAUCACGAAAAACAGCUCUUUCAUUUAAUAUCGCGACUGAAGGUUGCAAUUCAGCAGAAGUCGACUAAGGCUCUAUUAAAUGUUGAGAUAUCUACGGCUGCGCGGUGGUUGCGGAUCGCACAGUUUGCGCUUGCGAAUCAUCUUGUUUCCCAGCAAAAAUUUACGCUGGCUUUGCGAAUCUGCUCUGUGAUCGAUGAACAUUAUGUGAGUGAUCAAGAAAAAGUUAUCAUUCUCUCUCGGGUGGGUCGUAUCCGUUUGCAAAUGGGUGAUUUGGAAGCAACACAAAAAUUAUUUGAUGCCGCUCGACAUCUUAUUGAUCGACUUAAGCUCAGGAGUGGCGACAGUCCUACUGUAGCAGCGGAAGAUAUGGCUGCAUUGGAAGCACGUCUGCUUUUUGAUGAUGGACUUUUGUUUUUUGCACAAAACAAGUUACAAGAAGCGCUCAGUGCGUUCGAAUCCGUUAUGUACCUGCAUGUCAAAGCGGAUGAUGUUGAAGCUGACCUCUUUCUCGGAGAAGACAUUGUUUGCUCAGCUGUCAACAACUACGCCAUUUGUGCACUCUACUGCUGCGAUGUCAAGGCUGCUGUGGCUGCACUAGAGCAAAUGAUCAGGUCAAAUCCGAGGCGAUUUCUUAAUGGAGUACUUGUGUUCAACCUUAGCUCGCUUUAUGACCUAUUGUUUGACAAUGUCACUAGCAAAAAUCGUAAAGAGAUGUUGAAGAAGAUCGCUGACAUAUGCUUUCACGAUUGUUGCGACCGUUACCUUCUUCUUUGA